GAGCAUUUUCAGUAAACUGUCAGCCAUCUGCCGCAGUCAGUCAGCUCCAGCGGGAAUGGAAAAUGGAGGAUUGACCGAAGAAAGACUGAGGGCAUUUCAUCGGUAUUUCUAUCGUGUAGAUCCUUUAACGUUUACCAAGACAAAUGAUUACUGCUGUAAAGACUUUGUUUGGUUUGAAGAAGCUCUCUGCUGACUAUCACAGCUGAACUGCAGAUGUUGCGGCAGUCUCUCCUUUUCAACAUUGAGUUUGAAAGUAGUGGUUGACUCCAUCAUCUAUGGAGGAGAAUGUGAGCCCUGAGCUCUCUCUAGCUCCAGUGCCAGAGCAGAGCCAGGACCUCAUGGAUAGCUGCUCUCAAGGUAUUGGAGAGGAGGAUCGUGAACAGGCUGAAACUGAAGAUGUGUCCAAUGAGACUCUAGAGGAGCCAGAUAAAUCUUCCAGGGCCAGCAGUGAGAUAAAGAAGACUUGGGGUUUCCGUCAGUCCACUGUUGCAAAGAGAGAAAUGCCAGUGGAAGCAGCAACCAAUAACUCUGACAGCCGCUGUGCUGUAAGGCGUAGCGGUAGGCAGUCGAAGAGGACGGACAAACUCGAGGAAUUCCUCUUGACAGCGAAAAGAGGUUCGAGAAAGAGUACCCCUCCCAGUCUGGAAAGUGGAGAUCCCCCUUCCCAAACCCCAACCGAUGUGGAAACGGCCUCAGAGGCCAGCUUCGAUGGUAAUGCUGACAGCAAGGCUGCAGAUGAUAAGGUAGAGUCCCCAGAGAGGAGGACGCGAAGUAGCACAAGGAAGCAAACUCUGAGGCAAACCCGAAGUGGCAGAGUGACCAGAGGAAGUGGUGGAGCCACAGCCAACGAUGAGGGCAGCUCUGACAACGAGGAGGACAGCAGAGAUGCUAUCCAGAAAGACCAGGUACAGGAUAACACGGAGGAGGAAAAAAAUGAUUCCUGUCCCACUCAUGUAGGGAGUACCGAUACUGCAGAGCCUCCCCCAGAGCAGGACUCUGAAAAGAAAGAGUUACCUGAGGAGAUAGACAAACUAGAAGAGACAAAUGACGAAGCAGAAACUGAUGAAGAAUCUGAUGAGGAUAGUGAAGAAGAUGAAGCUACAUCAAUGGUGGUAAAACGUGGACCAAUAAGAACUUAUAUCAACAAAAAGAAGGCAACCAACACUACCCCUGUUAAAGCUCCUGCCAACAAGUGCACCACUCCCAUCAAGAUUGAAACUAUCCCUAAAGCACCCCCAGCUGCUGGAAACAUUCGCAAUCCCCAGACACAAGAGGACAAUGAUGAUGAGGAGGACGAUGAGAAUGAAUCUUCGACAUCUUCGUCUUCAUCAUCCAUAGAUUCUGACGAGGGAGGAUAUGAUCCCAAUGCACUUUACUGCAUCUGUCGCCAGAAACACAACAAAAGGUUUAUGAUCUGCUGUGACCGCUGUGAGGAAUGGUUCCAUGGAGACUGUGUGGGAAUCACUGAGGCUCGCGGGCGCCUUAUGGAGAGAAACGGGGAGGACUACAUCUGUCCCAACUGUACUGCUAAGAAAAACCAGGUGGUAAGGCCGGCGACGACAGGCCUCUCGACAAAUGCAGAGGCAGGGAGGCUGAAAGCUGACGCUGCUUCUGCUGGGAUCUUGUAUGCAACUGGCGACAAAGCUUACACAAGUACAGCAGACAACGGUCAGGCUGUGGGAACACUUCUGUCCUCCAUAUCAACCGGACCUGAAGAAAGGACGUCGGAGGAUAUGGGCAUCAAAGGCAGGAUAGAGAAAGCUACUAAUCCAACUGGGAAAAAGAAGAUAAAGAUCUUUCAGCCGGCACUAUUGCAGACAGCCGGGCCAAAAGCAGACCAGAAGGCGACACCCAUGAUGCAGAAGAAGGCAGCGCCCACAGCACAGCAGAAAGCAGCCCCUGUCACGGAGCCUAAAGUGGCAUCCAACGUGGAGGUGAAAACAUCAACAGUAGCAGAGGUGUCGGAGGAGAAGACCGGUCAGAAGCCAGUGGAGGUGUCAGAGGAGAAGACCGAACAGAAGGCCGAGGAUUCUUCCUCUCCAAAAUGUAUCGGGCCUGGCUGUGAGAAUAGCGCCCAGCCAGAUUCAGUGUACUGUGGGAACGACUGUAUCCUGAAACACGCUGCGGCUGCCAUGAAGUCCAUCACCGAUGUCAAAGAGCCCAACCAGAAGGCACAGAAAACCAACUCAACACCUAAGAGGAGCACCUCUGGUGGGAAGAUGACACAGAAGACGACCCGGGACGAUUCCGAUUCUGAUUCUGAUGAAGACUACAGUCCUGAUCCAGAUGAGGAUGACGAAGAUGAGCAUGCUGAGGAACACCCGCCCCCGCCAGCCACUGCAUCCUGGUCCAGCGACCAUAAUUACAUUGCCGUAACACCAGAAAAGACUACACCCAUAUCACCAACAGUGUUAAACAAAAAGUCUCCUCCUGAAGAAGAGCUGCUGAGUGAGAAGGCCCAGAAAGAACAGGAACCAGCCGACACUCCUGACAAAGCUGCCCAACCGUCUGCAACACCAGUCAACGCAAACAACAAAAAGUCCCUGCCCACUAAAGCUGCCAAGGUUUCCCCAAAAGGCAAGAAGCAGACUCCUAAAGCUUCCAGCUCAAAGACCUCCAAGAAACCGGUGACAUCCCCAAGUAAAACUGCAGCAAAGUCCAAGAAACCAGUGCUGCCACACACCCACGCCCCAUCAGCCCAUCCUCAAGGUCCGAUCCACGUCACAGGGGCCCUGAGAGUCGUAAAGUCCAACUUCACCAUUCCUAAGAAGCAGCCGCAACAAAAGGACAAUACGUCCCGAAGUCAUUCCUCUUCAUCUUCAAGAGUCACAUCGCCUAAAGUUUCUUCACCUUCCUCCAGCCACUCCUCAUCUUCAUCCAGACACUCGCACCCUCCUUCGUCAGCACCUCCUGUGUCUUCCAUGCCUCCUCCAUCCAACAACCAGAUGAGACAGAACAUCCGCCGCUCUCUCACAGACAUCCUGUAUAAGAGGGUGAGUGACAGUGAUGAUCUGAGGAUGACUGAGAGUGAGGUGGCAAGGCUGGCAGUUGCGAUAGAGAAAGAAAUGUUCAACCUCUGCCUGAGCACUGACAGCAAGUACAAGAACAAAUACAGGUCCCUCAUGUUCAACCUGAAAGAUCCUAAAAACAAAGGUCUGUUCUACAGGGUGGUGGGUGGCGAGGUCAGUCCCUUCAGAUUGGUGAGACUAAGCGCUGAGGAGUUGCUUUCCAAAGAAAUCUCUGAGUGGAGGAAACAUGACGCUCCUGGGGCCCAGUCUCCCAGUACGCGAGUCCAUUUAGGCAAGUCCAGACUAGGCAGCAGGCACGACUCUAGCUCUCAUAGCCUGGAUUUAGAGGAUGCCCCACCAACAUCGGAUGCAGAUGUAUGUAUCUCUGCCGCCACUUCCUCUCGCAUGGCUUCUGCUGCAGACCUAGAUGAGUCGGUUCCAGCUCCGUCCUCUGCUAGUGAGGGCGCCAGUGGUAACAACGUGCUCGACAUUUUCAGUAACAUGCUCAAAGACACAACUUCAGAGCACAGGACGCAUCUGUUUGACCUCAACUGUAAAAUAUGCACAGGUCAGAAGAUGGAAGAUGAGCCAGCAUCUAAAAAAGCCAAACUGUCUAGACCUUCAAGACAAGAGCAGCAAUCAUCCAGGUCAGGCGAUGCCUCUUCUUUAGGCCAACCACAGGACUCCACAGCCUUCCAGCACCAAGACCCCUUAGUGUACCACCCGGGCGCUCCAUCGUACCAGUCAAACAUGGAGGUCCCUGAAUCACAGCCGCAGCUUUACCAGGAGGACCUCAGCAUGCUGGCACCUCCGGCCCAGGCCCCCACACCUGUCGUACCCACUAUAUCCUCCAUCAGCAUCACCCGCAGGGACCCACGCAUGGCCAGGCACAUCUCUGGUGUGACUGUCACCUACACUGCUCCAGAAAAGCCCAUCAGUAACUUACCAGAACCACUUCCUGCUCUUGUUAUUGCUCCAGUGGAGGUUGUGCCCAAGGCACCACUGCCGAUGCCUCCAGCUUCGCCAUCCUCAGUGGCUGUCUCGAAACCAUCGAAAACGAGUUCACAUGAGCCUCCUCCUGAAGGUGAGACAGCACUUUUCCUCCAUGGUCAAGAAAAGAUUUGGAAAGGAUUCAUCAACAUGCAGACAGUGGCCAAGUUUGUAACCAAGGCCUACCUGGUCUCAGGAUCCUUUGAACACCUGAAGGAGGACUUGCCAGACACCAUUCAUAUUGGCGGCCGAAUAUCUCCUCACACGGUGUGGGACUACGUCGGGAAGCUUAAAACUUCUCUCUCCAAGGAGCUGUGUCUGAUCCGCUUCCACCCGGCUACAGAGGAAGAGGAGGCGGCAUAUGUGUCUCUUUUCUCUUACUUUAGCAGCAGGAAACGAUUCGGUGUGGUGGCCAACAACAACCGCCGCAUUAAAGACCUCUAUCUCAUCCCACUGGGCUCAAAGGACCCUUUGCCCUCUAAACUAUUGCCGUUUGAUGGGCCAGGGCUGGAACCCGCUCGACCCAACCUCCUCUUGGGGCUGCUGAUCUGCCAGAAGGACAGGAAGCGUGCUGGUGCUCCACUGGAAGCUGAGGAGAAACGAUCAAAGACUCAAACCAAAGAUGACGACACCGGCCUUCUGAAGCCAUCUCCCUCAGUCAGAGUAGAGAGAAGCACACGACAGAGUCAGGAGAUCUCCUUCAGCACAACUCCUCCAGGAACACCUCCAUCCAGCUCCUCUGAAGCUUCCAGCAGCGCUGUGACAGCCGCCUCAGUCCUUUCACUCUUGUCCUCUGUCAAAGCUCCCCCCACAUCCUCUACCACUGGCAAGGAGUCCCCAUCCUCAUCCAGCACUGCUGCUUCCUCUGCAGCCGCUGCUACUCCUCUCGAGACUAUCCUCAGUCUUUUUAAGAAGCAAAAGCAUGACUCAGACGCUUCUAACUCUCCGAUUGAUAAAGGCGAGGAACACUCCCUACCACCAUCUACACUGCUAGAUCCCUUUGUGAAGCAGUUUGCCCAGAUUUCUAAAGAAAAACCAGUGGAGGAGGAUGAAGAUGACCGACCAUAUGACCCAGAGGAAGAGUAUGACCCCAGUAGGGGUUACAGUGUUCCCCAGAGGCCUGUUGAGAUGGUAAGAAAACCUGAAGUCCCAAAGCAGCCUGUGGUGAUUGCGAGUGAAGUUGAUGAUGUGGCAUAUGACCCAGAGGAUGACUCAAUAUUUGAUGAGCUGAAAACGUUAGUACCAAGUCAAACUAAGACUGCGGCUGAAAGUAUCACUGAUCCACAGAAGAUCUUGGAGAGCCUGAAAAUAAUUGGGAACAAGAUAUUACAGAAAGAGGGAGAUCAGCAAAUAUCAUCCACAGGUACACCUGGUCCCUCGGACACACUGUUAACUCCAAUUAACACAUCCUUUUUGGCCAAUAGUCAACUUCUGCAGCUUGGCAAAAAGGUGGAGGCACUAGUAAAGUCUUCAUCGGUUCCUCCCUUGAUCAACCAAAGGAGAGAUCCUCGCCAGAUCAGGGAUCCUCGUCAGGCUCUGGCCGGCAGGAAACCGACAGAUGAAUCUGAGGAGUCAGAGGAGACGUCUGCUGUGUUGGCAGAUUCUACACCUCCUUCAGAGCCACAGCAGCCCGAUGUUCCUGAUGUCCCAGACACAUCACAAGUUGAAGAGACAAUAUUGCUUCAAGAGAAAGUGAAAGCUGAGACCCUUCCCUUCAUGGACUCAGACAUGUCAGAGGUGUCAAUUCCUUUAUUAGGAGAGGAGGUGGAACCUGAUAUGGAGGUCAACUAUAUGGAUGAAAAAGUGAAAGUUGAGGAACCUGAGCCAGUUAAGUCAGAAACAGAGAUGGACAAGUACAGUAUUUGGCCAAAUGCUGCCAGUAUUUUAAAAGCUGGCGAUGACUUAGAGUAUGAGGAGAAUAGCCAGGAUACACCAGCUACAAGCUAUUAUGAUGACGCAGAAAAUACCUCCUCUAUACCUUCAACAAUCCCAGUGCUCACUCAGAGCGUUCCAAUGGUUGAGGCUCAGACCCAUCACAUAUCGCAUCACAUGUCGGCACCUGGCUUUGACAGCAAGUACAGACCUCCAGCUGACAUCCCUCCCCUAUCCACCUUCCACCCUCCCCAUCAGAUGCAAGGACAAAACUUGAUAAUGAGGCCUCCACCGAUGUCUUUGCCGCCACCCAUGCAAGGUCUUCCUCCAAUGUCGGGGCCUCCUCCUAUGCAGGGACCCCUGCCACCCAUCCAUGUUCCUCCUCCUGUACGUGCUCCUCCCCCCAUGCAGGGUGACAGUCAGCAAUUCGGCCCACCUCCGGCUGCAUACACCCCCUAUCAGAACCAGUGGCCCCGCACCCAGCCGCAGCAGCAGCCUCUUCCUGGACCCCCUCCUCAGAAUAUCCUGCCACCUAGAGGACCACCACCACCAUUCCCUCCAGUGGCCCAAAGAGGCCCUCCUCCUCCUCCUCAAAUGUUUGAUCCCUCCAUUCCCCCUCAACACAUUGGACAACAAGGUCCCCCUCCAGGGCUCCGCCCACCUCCUACUUUUGAUGGACAAAACAACUUAGCUCCACCAAGAUUCACAAGUCCUCCACCACCUUUUAAUUUCCCUGGAAACAGAGCUCCCCCUCCACAUUUCACAAGUCCACCCCCUGGUCACUUUGAUAACAGGCUUCCCCCUCCGUCCCACUUCCCAGGGCCUAGGGGCGCCCCUCCAUCUCAGUACAGUGACCUCAGGGCCCAAUCCCAAACGAUAGACCAACCUCGAGGCCCUGCUGAACAGUAUAACACAGACCCUCCUAACUCUUUCAAGCUAAAUGUCGAGCAAAGUCUAAAUACUCACCAUAUUUACAAAGACCAUCAGGGCCCCCUGCCUGGCCCAGCAUACCGGGGACCGCCUCCUAACCAGUAUGAGGAUAGAAGAGGUCCACCUCUCGGUGGGGAAGUGAGCAGACAACACUUCAGCCAGCAUAACCAGUAUGUGAGUCCCGGGCCACACUCCCCACCACCUAACCGAGGUUCUUUUGACGACCACAGAGGCCCUCUCCCUCAGGAGAACAGACCACAUCAGUCUCAGCCAUUUGGAGGAUCAGAGCGCUACCGCCUCGACAGGCACUCAGAUGAGGCGAGACCUAUUCGGCAUGGGGGGCCGCUGCUGCCAACUCCUCCAGAGGCUCCCAUAGUUCCUCCAAGUCGCAUUGGAGCCCACAGUCCAGACCUGCACAGGGACAACCACUGGCGUCGCCACUCUCCUGAAAUAAGAAGGAGGAGCAGCACCACCCAAGAGGACCCGGAACCUCGCAGUGGAGAUCGCUUUAGUCGCUUUGAAGGAGGGCACAGGGAACCUGUUCCUGGUCCCUUGCAACCCGCCGAAGAGAGACUGAGGGAGCUGUCCGAAGAUCACAGGAGGGAAAGAGAGCGGGAAGCCCCGCAUGCUGGCAGACCAUCAUGGGACAGGGGGCAGGGGAAGCGGUGGAGCAGAGAGCGAGAGUGGGACAGAAGCAGAGAGAGAGAACGAGAUCCGGAGCGAGGCCAAGAGAGAGAACGAGAUCCGGAGCGAGGCCGAGAGAGAGAACGGAAUCAGGAGCGAAGCCGAGAGAGAGAACAAGAUCUGGAGCGAAGCCGAGACAGAGAACGAGAUCAGGAGCGAGGCCGAGAGACAGAACGAAAUCAGGAGCAAAGCCGAGAGAGAGAACGAAAUCAGGAGCAAAGCCGAGAGAGAGAACGAAAUCCGGAGCAAAGCCGAGAGAGAGAACGAGAUCAGGAGCGAAACCGAGAGAGCGAACGCAGCAGAGGGCGUGAGGGCGACAGGCACAAGGAGAUUGAGGGAGAGCGACAAAGGGAUCAAGACACCGACAAGAGGAAAGACCGGGAUAAAGACCGGGAGAGGGACAGGCCCAGGGAGAGAGACUCUGACAGAAGGGACUCUGACCGCGACAGAGUUAGGAUCCGCGACAGAGACCGUGAGCGAGACCGUGAGAAAAGACGGGAGAGAUCUAGAAGCAGGGAACGAGAAAAGGAGCGAGAAAAGGAGCGAGAAAAGGAGCUAGAAAAGGAGCGAGAAAAAGAGCGAGAAAAAGAGCGAGAAAAGGAGCAAGAACGGGAGCGAGAUCGAGGGCGUAAUCGAGACCGGGAGCGAGACCGUGACCGCGACCGUGGGAAAGACCGCGGGAAAGACCGAGACCGAAACAGGGAAAGAGAGAGGGACAGAGACAAAGACAAAGACAGGGAUCGCCGGGACAAAAGCAAAAGCCGGGAAAAGAGAGAGGAGAAAAAGGAUAGCAAACACAAUGUAACUAAGGAUCGUGAAAAAACUGCAGAAAAUGACAAAAAAACAUCCUAGUCAGUUUCAUGGACACUACAUUACAGUAAGACUGUUAGAUCUUUCAACAGUUGAAAUCAUCAUUGCAAAUGCAGUAAUAAAAUGUCCACACUUGUGUUUCUGCACUAAAAAUGUUUGUAUUAUCUUUGCCACCUAAAGUUUGAGUUUGAGAAAAUAAAAAACAAAUCACAUUUGAGAAGAUAAAAAACUGAAGGCCAUCUUAGUUGCUUGUAUAGAAAAUGUAUCAAGUAGGUCAUUGAGUCCUAUACCAUGCACCUUCCUCCUGUCAAUCUUUUUUUUUUUUUUUUUACAAUGCAAUCGAUUAACACACCAUUUGUAACAUGUAAAUAUGAAUAUAUUUGUGUAUAUACUGAUGUUUUUAAUCAUACUUUUCUAAGUAGAGAAAAUAAAAGCCAUAUAUCUGAGAUGGACCGUGUGAAAAGAAAGGCAACAAUGUUGAUAAACGGUGUUUAAAUGUCAGGCAGCAUUGAACUGAAAGGCUUCUAUCUACAGUAUAUCCCCCUUCAAUGGUCGUUAAUGAAAAUGUCCUGAGUUUGUUUCAGCUCAACUAAUAAAAACGGUUUGACAUUAA